UUCUGGAAUCUUCCCCUUCCGUUCCCUUCUCUCCCUCUAGUCUUCGCCACCGAGCGACUCUCUCUUUUUCUGCGUGUCUCUGAAUAUUGUGAGGACAGAGAAAAAAACAGUGGAAAUGGAGAGGUACUUGAAGGACUUCGAGGUGGAGAACAAGAAUCCUUCGGAGGAAGCUAUUCGGAGAUGGAGAAACGCCGUCGCGCUCGUCAAGAAUCCUCGCAGGAGGUUCCGCUACGUCGCCGAUCUCGCUAAGCGGUCCGAGGCCGAGAAGAAGAAGCGUGAAAUCCAGGAAAAGAUUCGAGUUUCUCUUUACGUUCAGCAAGCAGCACUGCAGUUUAUUAAAGCUCGUGCUGGUGAUCGAUCCAAUGAAAAGCCAGGACAGGAUGAAUACAAGCUGUCUGAAGAUGCCAGAACUGCAGGUUUCAGCAUUCACCCAGAUGAACUUGCAUCCAUCACGUGUGGCAGUGAUAUUAAGGCCUUGAAAAUGCAUGGUGCUGGUGAUCGAUCGAAUGAAAAGCCAGGACAGGAUGAAUACAAGCUGUCUGAAUAUGCCAGAACUACAGGUUUCAGCAUCCACCCAGAUGAACUUGCAUCCAUCACGUGUGGCCGUGAUAUUAAGGCCUUGAAAAUGCAUGGUGCUGGUGAUCGAUCCAAUGAAAAGCCAGGACAGGAUGAAUACAAGCUGUCUGAAGAUUCCAGAACUGCAGGUUUCAGCAUUCAUCCAGAUGAACUUGCAUCUGUCACGCAUGGCCAUGAUAUUAAGGCCUUGAAAAUGCAUGGUGCUGGUGAUCGAUCCAAUGAAAAGCCAGGACAGGUUGAAUACAAGCUGUCUGAAGAUGCCAGAACUGCAGGUUUCAGCAUUCACGCAGAUGAACUUGCAUAUAUCACGUGUGGCCAUGAUAUUAAGGCCUUGAAAAUGCAUGGUGCUGAUGAUCAAUCCAAUGAAAAUCCAGGACAGAUUGAAUACAAGCUGUCUGAAGAAGCCAGAACUGCAGGUUUCAGCAUUCACCCAGAUGAACUUGCUUCUAUCACGUGUGGCCAUGAUAUUAAGGCCUUGAAAAUGCAUGGUGGAAUUCAUGGGAUUUUAAGAAAAGUCUGUGUGUCGCUAGAUGGAGGAGUCAAAAAUAGUAACAUACCAAUCAGGCAAAAUGUUUAUGGCUUAAACCGCUAUACGGAGAAACCUCCCCAAACAUUUUUUGAGUUUGUAUGGGAGGCCCUACAAGACGUAACAUUAAUUAUCCUUAUGGUAUGCGCUGUGGUUUCAAUAGGAGUUGGAAUUGCCACUGAGGGGUGGCCAAAAGGCAUGUACGAUGGUGUGGGAAUUUUAAUUAGUAUAGUUUUAGUGGUUGUGGUUACUGCCGUCAGUGACUAUAGACAGUUGUUGCAAUUCAAGGAUUUGGACAGGGAGAAGAAAAAGAUUUUCGUUCAGGUCACUAGGGAUAAAAAAAGACAAAAAGUUUCCAUUUAUGACUUGGUUGUUGGAGAUAUUGUCGAUUUGUCAAUGGGGGACCAAGUUCCAGCUGAUGGGAUUUUCAUAUCAGGAUACUCUUUGCUGAUUGAUGAGUCAAGCUUGUCAGGUGAGAGUGAGCCGGUGAAUGUAUAUGAAGAGAAGCCUUUUCUUCUUUCAGGAACUAAAGUGCUGGAUGGGUCAGGUAUAAUGCUGGUGACAACAGUUGGUAUGAGAACUGAAUGGGGAAAGUUGAUGGAAAUUCUGAGUGAAGGAGGAGAAGAUGAGACCCCGCUGCAGGUAAAGCUGAAUGGUGUUGCUACAUUUAUUGGUAAAAUUGGUCUGACUUUUGCUGUGUUGACAUUUUUCGUAUUGGCAGUGAGAUUUUUGGUGGAAAAAAUACUUAACAACGAGAUCACUGAUUGGUCUUCAACUGAUGCAGUAAUCCUAUUGAACUACUUCACUAUUGCGGUAACUAUAAUUGUUGUUGCAGUUCCCGAAGGAUUACCAUUGGCAGUGACGCUGAGCCUUGCUUUUGCUAUGAAAAAGUUAAUGAAUGAUAGGGCACUCUUAAGGCAUCUCUCAGCAUGUGAGACAAUGGGUUCUGCUAGUUGCAUUUGCACAGAUAAAACAGGGACAUUAACCACAAACCACAUGGUAGUUAACAAGAUAUGGAUAUGUGAAAAACCUUUAGAUGUAAAAGGUAAUGAGAGUAAAGAAAUAUUGAAUUCAGAAAUAUCUGGAGCAUCAAGCAUCCUUUUACAGGUUAUAUUCCAAAAUACAAGCUCUGAGGUUGUUAAGGAAGAUGAUGGAAGGACCUCCAUUUUGGGGACACCAACAGAGUCAGCAUUAUUAGAAUUUGGUUUACUUUUGGGUGGCAAUUUUGAUGCUGUGCGCAGAGAGGUUAAUAUUCUUAAGGUUGAACCUUUCAGUUCUGUGAGGAAGAAAAUGUCUGUGCUUGUGGCUGAUCCUCAUGGUGGGAAACGAGCCUUUUGCAAAGGUGCAUCAGAAAUAGUACUGGGAAUGUGUAACAAAUUUAUUGACUUUAAGGGAGAAUCUGUUAUUCUCUCCCGAGAACAGGUAAAGAAUAUCACGGAUGUCAUUAAUUCUUUUGCUUCUGAAGCCUUGCGAACGCUCUGCUUGGCUUUCAAAAAUAUAGAUGACUCUUCCAUCGAAAAUGACAUCCCAGAUGAUGGCUAUACAUUGAUAGCAGUUGUUGGUAUCAAGGAUCCUGUGCGCCCUGGGGUCAAGGAUGCAGUUCAAACUUGUUUAGCUGCUGGAAUAACCGUACGAAUGGUCACUGGUGACAAUAUAAAUACGGCUAAAGCCAUAGCUAAAGAAUGCGGCAUACUCACAGAGGAUGGUUUAGCCAUAGAAGGACAGGAGUUUCGUAACAUGUCUCUUGAGCAGAAGAAAGCUGUUAUACCGAGAAUUCAGGUGAUGGCUCGGUCUUUACCAUUGGAUAAGCACACCUUCGUGAAAACUCUGAGACAUGAAUUUGGUGAGGUAGUUGCAGUGACUGGCGAUGGGACUGACGACAGUCCUGCUUUGCUUGAGGCAGACAUUGGACUUGCUAUGGGCACAGCAGGAACAGAGGUUGCCAAGAAAAGUGCUGAUGUCAUCAUAUUGGAUCACAAUUUUAAGACUAUAGUAAAUGUGGUCAAGUGGGGACGUUCAGUGUACAUAAACAUUCAAAAGUUUGUGCAGUUUCAGUUGACAGUUAACGCUGUUGCUCUAAUAAUCAAUUUUGUUUCUGCAUGUGUCUCAGGAUCUGCUCCCCUUACGGCUGUGCAAUUGCUUUGGGUCAGCAUGAUUAUGGACACUCUUGGGGCAUUGGCACUUGGAACAGAGCCUCCAAAUGAUGGACUUAUAAAAAGGCCCCCUGUUGGGAGGGGUACAAGCUUCAUAACUAAAGCCAUGUGGAGGAAUAUCAUUGGCCAGAGUAUCUAUCAACUGAUUGUCCUUGGAGUUCUCAAUUUCUAUGGUAAACAGCUACUUGGACUUUCUGGUUCAGAUGCAACUGAAGUUCUAGGCACACUGAUAUUCAACGCAUUUGUGUUUUGCCAGUUGUUUAAUGAGAUAAACAGCCGUGACAUAGAGAAGAUAAACAUAUUCGUGGGCAUGUUUGACAGCUGGGUAUUCCUAAGCGUCUUGGUUUGCACAGUGGCCUUCCAAGUUAUCAUAGUAGAGUUCUUGGGAGCUUUUGCUAGCACUGUUCCACUAAGCUGGCAACUAUGGUUUCUCUGCAUUUUACUUGGAUCAGUUAGCAUGCUUGUUGCAGUUGUGCUCAAGAACCCUCACAGAAGGUUCCACUUUGUCGCCAAUCUCGAUAAGCGAUCAGAGGCUGACAAGAAGAAGCGUUAAAUCCAUGUAUUGACGGUCUACAAGACUUCAAGAUAUGACCCCUUGUACACAAACUCAAGAUCCGCUAUGAGCACAUUUAUAGACAGAUAUAGGUAUUCAAGUCACAUAACCAUU